AUGCCGACCCGCUUCUCGAACACGCGCAAGCACAGGGGGCACGUCUCCGCCGGUCACGGACGUGUCGGCAAGCACCGCAAGCACCCGGGAGGUCGUGGUCUUGCCGGUGGUCAGCACCACCACCGCACCAACUUUGACAAGUACCACCCUGGUUACUUCGGAAAGGUCGGCAUGCGCCACUACCACCAGAACAAGGCCGCCCUCUGGCGCCCGGUCGUCAACGUCGACAAGCUCGCCACCCUCAUCCCGGCUGAGCAGCGCGACGGCCUCACGGCCUCGUCGACCGUCGUCCCCGUCAUCGACACCCUCGCUGCCGGCUACGGCAAGGUCCUGGCCAAGGGCCGCCUCCCGGCCUACCCGAUCAUCGUCAAGGCGCGCUACGUCUCGCGCCGCGCCGAGGAGAAGAUCAAGGCCAACGGCGGUGCCGUCUCGAUCGUCGCAUAA